AUGGCCGGAAUGUUCAGAGCAACACAUACAGCUCCACUGUUGGUCCGUGUGCGUUCCAGGGAGUGUUGCAAGUAUUUGUACCGGAUAAUGCAGUUCCUUGGUUUUUUUCUGAGCCUCAUUCUAAACUUCAAGAUUUUAACAGCUGGCGCAUUUCUGGGAGUACUCCAAAUAUCUGCAAACACGGUCAGCGCAAUGAUAAAGGCAAUCAUUGGACUAUUCUGUUUAUCUCGUCUCCAUAAGACGGAGGCGGUACUGGACCAACUGGAUGAUCGACUGCAGAAUGACAGCGAUCGCCACAAGAUGCACAAAGCUGUUGCCCGCUGCAAUUUCAUUGUGUUUCUCUAUGUCAUACUUUAUCUUGGAUAUGCGGCAUCUGUUUUUGUGGCCGGCAUUUUGACCGGCCAACCACCGUGGAUGGUAUACUUUCCACUUGUUAAUUGGCAGGACGGAAUCGGACAGUAUUGGAUUCAUUCGCUCAUUGAGUACGUACUGCUGUCUAUAGCGUUAAUGGAGGCUCUAGUUUGGGAUACAUAUGCUCUCGUAUUUAUAACCAUUUUUCGAGCUCAUGUUGAUAUACUAAAGGACCACAUACAACAUUUGAGAAACGAUCCGAAUAAAACCGAAGCUGACAACUAUGAAGAUUUAGUUGCUUGCAUCAUAGACCACAAGUUGAUUUUAGAAUCGUGUGACUUGAUGCGUCCAGUUAUGUCACGCACAAUAUUUGUUCAAUUUCUUCUUAUCGGCAUUGUGUUGGGAAUUAUUCUUAUCAAUGUCUUGUACUUCUCUGACAUUUAUCGAGCCAUCUCAUCGAUUGUAUUUUUUACCGGUGUUAUGCUUGAAACUUUUCCCUUUUGUUACUUUUGCGACUCGCUCGUUGACGAUUGUGCGGAGCUGUCCAAUUUAUUAUGUCAGUCCAACUGGUUGGAUGCUGAGCCCAAAUACAAGUUAACCUUAAGGAUUUUCCUGCAGAAUCUUCAACAGCCAAUUAUAUUCAUCGCAGGGGGCAUUAUUCGCAUCUCAGUUACUAGUAACAUUAAUGUGGCCAAGUUUGCAUUCAGUGUGAUGACUGUUGUGCAGAAUUUGAAUCUGGCUGAUCGAUUUAUAUAA